AUGGUCUUAACGUGGGUCGAGAUACUGCUCCUGGGGCUCGUUUGCUGCCUCUUCAUCCACUCAACAUGGAACUCAAUGUACAAGGACCGCAAUCUGCCCCCCGGACCGACCCCCCUGCCCCUUAUCGGAAACCUGCUGCAGAUAGAACGGGGGCAGAUUAAAAAUUCUUUCAUGAAGUUAACGGAGAAAUACGGCUCGGUUUACACCCUGUAUUUUGGGCCAAAUCCCGUGGUUGUGAUCAGCGGGUACGAGGCUGUGCGAGAAGCUCUCAUCACUCAGGGAGACGACUUCGGAGCCCGCGGGAAAAUCCCAACUCUGGACAAGUUCGCUCAGGGUUACGGAAUAAGUUUCAGCAACGGGGAGCGAUGGAGACAGCUGCGGGGAUUCACUUCUAAAACCCUGAGAAAUUUAGGAUUUGGGAAGAAAAGCUUUGAAUCUAAAAUCCAUGAAGAAGCGAAAUGCGUGGUGGAAGAACUCAAGAAUCUCAGAGAGAACCCCAUAGAUCCAACAAAACUAUUAAUGGACGCUUCUACCAAUAUCCUUUUGUCCAUUAUCUUUGGAGACCGUUCUGAGUAUAAGGAUGAGAGGUUUUCGAAGCUCCUGGGAUACAUAGAGGAGACCUUUAAUCUGAUAAGCAGCCCCUGGGGACAGUUGCAGAGCGUCCUUCCUCAGGUCAUGGAUUAUGUUCCUGGCCCUCACCAAAAAAUCACAGCCAUUUCUGAAGAGUUGGUGUCUUAUAUAAAAGAAAGAGUAAAGACGCACCAGCAGACACUGGACCCCAACAAGGCCAGAGAUUUUAUUGAUGCUUUCCUUAUAAAAAUAAAAGAGGAAAAAAACAAUCCAACUACAGAGUUUACCAUGAGAAAUCUAUUACUAACAGUCCAUAACCUUUUUAUUGCGGGAGCUGAGGCCGUCAGCACCACCCUGAAACACGGGCUGCUUAUUUUGCUAAAACAUCCUGAGAUUGAAGCCAAAGUCUAUGAGGAAAUUGAUAGAGUGAUUGGACAAGGUCGUGCGCCGAAUAUUAAUGACAGGGUGAAAAUGCCGUAUACAAAUGCCGUGGUUCAUGAAAUCCACAGAUUUGCUGACAUUGUUCCCUUCAAUAUCCCCCAUAUGACAGCCAAGGACACUCAGUUCAGGGGAUACACCAUUCCCAAGGGUACCGAUGUCUAUAUUCUCCUCUACUCCGUCCACAGAGAUCCCGGGUAUUUCUCCACCCCAUACAAGUUCAAUCCCAACCACUUUUUGGAUGAGAAUGGUGGUUUUAAAAGGAACGAGGCUAUGAUGGCAUUUUCUGCAGGGAAGCGGGUCUGCCCUGGAGAAAAUUUAGGGAGGAUGAUUUUUUUUCUGUUCUUAACAACCCUCCUUCAGAAUUUCACUCUGAGUUCGGAAAGGAAAUUCACCGAGGCGGACAUCGCACCACGAAUGGCGGGGUUUCUAAACGCCCCCAUCCGCUACAAGCUUUCAUUUAUCCAGCGCUAAUUCUACAACUCAUUGAGCAUUUGGUCUGAAUAUAGCUUCUCGUUGGUGGUUUGGGGUUUGCAUAGUUUGCCAUGAUAACUUAUAAUGCAAUACUACAUCCAAGGAAGAUAUGAAUAAUCCUUCCUGAUCAAAACUUUUAUUAA